UGCCGCGCGCUCUGUGAGGGCCCCUACGACUACGAGGGCUACAACUACCUAGAGUACAACGCGGACCUUUUCCAGGCCAUCACAGAUCACUACAUGCAGGUGCUAAGCUGCAAGCAGGGCUGCGUGACAGAGCUGGCCUCCCAGCCCGGCCGGGAGAAGCCCUUCGAGGAUUUCCUGCCCUCGCACUUCAACUACCUCCAGUUCGCCUACUACAACAAUGAGAAUUACGAAAAAGCCAUCGAAUGCGCCAAAACCUAUUUGCUCUUCUUCCCAAACGAUGAAGUGAUGAACCAGAAUUUGGCCUAUUACACCGCUGUCCUGGGGGAGAACCUGGCCGGACCCAUCCAGCCCCGAGAGGAGAUCCAGGCAUACCACCAGCGAAGCCUGAUGGAGAAGGAGCUGCUCUUCUUCAGCUAUGACGUCUUCGGCAUCCCCUUCGUGGACCCGGACACAUGGACUCCCGAAGAGGUCAUACCAAAAAGGCUGCGAGAGAAACAAAAGGUGGAGCGGGAGACGGCAGCACGCAUCUCGGAGGAGAUCGGCAACCUUAUGAAGGAGAUUGAGACACUGGUGGAGGAAAAGGCCAAGGAGUCUGCCGAUAUGAGCAAGUUCAUCCGAGAAGGGGGCCCCUUGGUGUACGAAGGAGCUAGUGUCACCAUGAACUCCAAAACCCUGAACGGCUCCCAGCGUGUUGUGGUGGAUGGGGUCCUCUCCGCCGAGGAGUGCCGGGAGCUGCAGAGACUCACCAACGCAGCUGCCUCGGCCGGGGACGGCUACCGUGGGAAGACAUCUCCUCACACACCCAGUGAGACCUUCUAUGGCGUGACCGUCCUCAAGGCCCUCAAGCUUGGCCAGGAGGGCAAGGUGCCCCUGCGGAGCGCGUACCUCUACUACAACGUGACAGAGAAGGUGCGGCACAUGAUGGAGUCUUACUUCCGCCUGGAGGUCCCGCUCCACUUCUCCUACUCCCACCUGGUGUGCCGCACAGCCAUCGAUGAGAAGCAAGAAGGCCGGAGUGACAACAGCCACGAGGUGCACGUAGACAACUGCAUCCUCAACGCAGAGGCCCUGGUCUGUGUGAAGGAACCUCCAGCCUACACCUUCCGGGAUUACAGUGCCAUCCUCUACCUCAACGGGGACUUUGAAGGAGGAGCUUUCUACUUCACAGAGCUGGAUGCCAAGACUGAGACUGCGGAGGUUCAGCCACAGUGUGGUCGUGCUGUGGGCUUCUCCUCCGGUUCGGAGAACCCCCAUGGGGUGAAAGCCGUGACCAAGGGCCAACGCUGUGCCAUCGCCCUCUGGUUCACCCUGGACCCUCGACACAGCGAGCGAGAGCGCGUGCAGGCGGAUGAUCUGGUGAAGAUGCUUUUCAGCACAGAAGAGGGGGAUUUGCUGCA